UGUUUGAAUUUGCUCAAAUUAUAUUUUGUAUCACAUGCAAAAUGCAGCAGGAUAAAGUUGGAAAUGGUUUGAGUCACACACUACGCAAAAUAGUGGAUUGGAAAAAAAAAUCUUCUGGUGUAACAUUCAGAAUAUCAUUUGUUUCUUGUGGCUCAGUCCUACUAAAUUACAAAUUUUUAUUUCUUUUCAGACCCAAAGGUUCAGACUGCGGAAUUGUAAAUGUUAACAUUCCAACCAGUGGUGCUGAAAUUGGAGGAGCUUUUGGCGGAGAAAAACACACUGGUGGUGGUAGAGAGUCUGGCAGUGAUGCUUGGAAACACUAUAUGAGGAGGUCUACCUGCACCAUCAACUACAGCAAGGAACUUCCUCUUGCUCAAGGAAUCAAGUUUGAGUAAUGAGAGCCACUGACGUUUCUGCAGCUAUCAAGAUUUUCACCAUGAAACAAGAAAAGUAGGCUAUUUUACAGAAGAGGAACAAAAUCAUGUGAAUGAUGUGGAAUAACUACACCUGUGAUUUAUCAGAAAUGGGCUUUUAUAUACUCUUUCAUUUUUCAGUUGUGUGAAAUUCGACACUACGUUUAUUCUUUUUUUCUGCUGAUUCGACAACUCAUUUAUUUCUUUCCCAACAGUGGCAUCUAAGAUGGGAAAUAAAACUUGAUGUUUUUGAAAUUA